UCCCAUUCCAAUCAUGUAUUUUUUCUAUUUUAAAAGCCAGAGGUAUUUUAAUAAUGAUUAUGUAGUUUUUAGACAAAAACAAAAAAAUGUCAUUUGUGGGACAAAGUUUAUACAAUUUGACAAGGAUUCAUUACAAAUUUGCUUCUGAUUUUUGGGGAGGAAGUAAGCCUUCACUUCACAUCAUCCCUUUGUUCACUGGAUUCCCUCCCACUAGGUUGUACGAUCCCAAGCUAAUAUUGGAACAAAAGUGGUGAGAAAUAUUCAGCCAUAAUAGUUUUGAGGAAAAUGAAGACAGUUUGUGCAUAUCCGAAUAGAAAACAGCAGGAAGAUUAUGCCCCGCCCUUUUUUCCCCCUUAUUUUUUUCUGCUGCGUCUCUAGAUUUCAAAUGCAGUUUUUCAUCUGCUCCUGAUUCAUCACAAUUAGAAAUAGAAAUACUCAAUGCAGUCAGGUUGAGUCAUCUUUUGAGCUAAUAGGAAAAACUUGAAUGACAACAGAAAGUAAAACAAAACAAAAGGAAAAGCUCUUGCUUGUGUGCGCCAUUUUGUAAGAAUUGAGAAAAACAACAGGAAGAAAUAGAAAGUUGUGGGAGUGACAGCUCAUAAAUACUCCUUCAUCAUUCCGCAGAGGGUUUCAGCUGUCAGUUGACUCUCAUUGGGAUCAGCGUUCCUCUCUGCAGCACACUCUCCAUCGCGGCUGCAGGAAGAUGAUUCAAUACAUUUUUCGCUUCAUUCCUGCUUCAGUCUCACUGGUCUGGGUGAUAGUUAGUGUCUCUGUCCUUUUAUUUCUUUAUGUUCAGCUAAGCGUCUUGAGCAGGAGGGAGCCUCCAGGACCCAGACCUCUUCCUCUGCUCGGGAACCUGUUCCAGGUGGAUCUGAAGAGGCUCGACCAAAGUCUGUUUGAUCUGUCAAAAAAGUAUGGACCAGUCUUCCUGGUUAGUUUUGGCCCAAAGAAGGUGGUGGUCCUGGCGGGUUACCGGACAGUCAAGCAGGCUCUAGUAAACCAAGCAAAUGAGUUUGGAAACAGAGAAGUCACUCCCAUAUUUUAUGAUUUUAACAAGGAACAUGGCAUUUUGUUUGCCAACGGAGACUCAUGGAAAGAAAUGAGACGCUUUACGCUGUCAACACUAAGAGAUUUUGGCAUGGGAAAAAGCAUAAGUGAACAAAGAAUUAUUGAGGAAUGUGGCUGGUUGAUCGAAGAAUUUGACCAAUUUCAAGGUAAACCCUUUGACGACACCCAUACUAUCAGCUAUGCGGUAUCAAAUGUUUUAUCAGGUCUAAUGUUUGGAAAAAGAUUUGAAUACAGAGACCCUCUGUUACAAGCCAUUGUGAACAGAGACAAUGAGACCAUCUAUCUGACGGGAACAGCUUCAAUCCUGAUAUACAACAUGUUUCCAUGGAUGGGUCCUUGGCUGAAAAACUGGAAAGCUUUAAUGAAGAACAUGGAAGAUGGCAAGGCUGACUUAGGCAAAAUCAUCACCGAGUUGAAGGACACUCUUGAUUCUGACACAUGCAGAUGCUUUGUGGAUGUGUUUCUGACCCAGAAGCAAAAUCUGAAGGGAAACAACCACACCCACUACCAUGACGAUAAUCUGCUUUACACAGUGAUGAAUUUGUUUGCAGCUGGAACCGACACCACGGCAACAACAAUAAAUUGGUGUCUGCUAUUUAUGGCAAAAUAUCCACAUAUUCAAGAACGGGUCCAGGAAGAGCUGAACCAGGUGGUAGGAAGUCGGCAGGUGCGCAUAGAGGACAGAAAGAACCUGCCGUUCACGGACGCCGUCAUCCAUGAAUCCCAGAGACUCGCAAACAUCGCCCCGAUGGCCAUUCCUCACACAACAAGCAAAGAUGUCAUCUUUCAGGGCUACUUCAUCAAAAAGGGAACUACUGUCUUGCCUCUUCUUACAUCAGUCUUGUAUGAUGAGAGUGAAUGGGAGAGUCCUCGCACCUUUAACCCUUCUCAUUUUCUGGACAAAGAGGGCAAAUUCAUCAAGAGAGACGCCUUCAUGCCGUUUUCUGCAGGUCGAAGGGUGUGUCUAGGAGAAAGUUUGGCCAGAAUGGACAUCUUUCUGUUCUUCACCUCCCUGCUGCAGCACUUUAGUUUCACUCCCCCAGCAGGAAUUUCAGAGGAUGAGCUGGAUUUGACACCAGUCGUGGGAUUCACUCUGGCACCUCAGCCCCAAGGACUCUGUGCAGUCAGGCGGCAGUGACACGCAUAGAUUCAUCAUUUGAUGGCAAAAAAUAUAUAUUUUUUCCUCAUUUUAAAGUGUAUUUCAUGUUAUCACUUUUUUUUCAUAUAUAGGAAACAGUCUUUUAAAGUGUCACUACAUGGUAUUUUUUUUUCCUAAAUUAAUUUACUAUAUUGACAAAUUCUUGAAUACAGCAGUUAUGAAGU